CUCCAAAAGUGGCUCAUGGCUCAUUUUAUGAAACGCCACCUCAUCAGCUUCUGCACAACUUUGGCGCCGCCUCCCUCUCUAGUCCCCGCCACCGUAACCAUCUUUUAUACUCUUUCACAAGUCACCACCGAGACCAUGACCGUCAUUAUACCUUCUCUCCCACAUGCGCACCUUAGCGCUCCUCCCCUCCCCAUGUCUAUCCUGCGCCGACUCCCCUUCCACUCCUUAACCCCCUGCCAUUACCGCCCUCGCCGUCGAUUCGCUACUCUUGCCGCAGUUCGGCAAGAUACCACCGUCUGGACCCCAACGCCGAUCUCAUCAAUCGAGACAGCCGCCGAGUCCCUCUUCCACAUCAGCAUCGACGUGUCGAGCUCUCCGGACCUCGCGGCCUCACAUACCUUACCGGGACAGUACCUCCAGCUGCGGCUCCCUGAUGUGGAGAAACCUUCUUUCCUGGCCAUAGCUUCUCCGCCGUCACUGGCGGCCUCAAGCGGAGCGUUCGAGUUUUUGGUGAAGAGCGUGGCGGGUUCGACGGCUGAGCUUUUGUGUGGGUUAAAGAAAGGGGAUGUGGUUGAGCUUAGUCAAGCGAUGGGAAACGGCUUUAAUAUUGAUAAGAUCGAUCCGCCCGAGGAUUAUCCGACGGUUUUGAUUUUCGCUACUGGGUCAGGAAUCAGUCCAAUUCGAUCUCUCAUUGAGUCAGGAUUUGGUGCUGAUAAGAGAUCAGAUGUGAGGCUUUAUUAUGGGGCUAGAAACCUCAGGAGAAUGGCUUAUCAGGAUAGGUUUAAAGAGUGGGAAUCUUCUGGUGUCAAGGUCGUGCCAGUAUUAUCACAGCCAGAUGAUAGUUGGACUGGUGAAAGUGGCUAUGUACAGGCUGCCUUUUCUAGGGCCAAGCAAAUUCAUAGCCCUAAGGGCACUGGUGCAGUUCUUUGUGGACAAAGACAAAUGACUGAGGAAGUGACUUCAAUACUUGUAGCAGAUGGAGUUUCGAGUGAGAAGAUCCUAAAGAACUUUUGAUGGAGUUAAAACGGAACUUUUAUUAUUUGUUGUAUCAUUGAGGAAAAGCUGAUAAUUAAUUCUUUCUCACCAUAGCUAAGAAUGAAAGCACACGCUUGGCUAAUAAACACUUUAUGUUUGGGAGCUAAUUCAUUCAGCUUCUAAUGUUUUUGCUGAAGCCAACUCUGAGUAAUUAUGACUGAGUUGGGUGAUUCACUCCUGUUAGUCUUUUCAUUUUUUGAAAUCACAGCAAGAAAACAAUAUUCUUGCUCCAUAAGGAAAUAGGUAGGGAGGAGAAUCGAUGAUGUAUUUUCAAUUGUUCAUAGAUCAGAAGUUAUUUUCUUGUAA